AAAUUUUACUUUUUAUUAUCAUGAGCGAUUAAGUAUGUUUUUCAAGCUAACGUAAGGCACCGAGUUUCUAAAAUUUAAAAGGGGCGCGUCCGCCGGGCGCUGGAUGGAAAAAAGGAAUUAGUCUCUGUGCCGCGCGUUCCCGACAGCACUUCAGCUUGGCACUCUACGUCCCGUCCAGUGAUCCCAAGCAGUCAGGAUGACCAUCAACCCCCUGGCUAAAGGAAGCUGGCACCGAGAACAAAUGUUAGGCUUUCGAAAAAUGGAGAAAGUGAUUGUGGCCAUGCAGGACCCUGACAUGGGCAUGAAGAUGAGAAACCAGAGGCUCCUUAUCACGGUUAUUCCACACGCCAUGACAGGCCGUGAUGUCACUGACUGGUUGAUCCAGAAAUACAAUAUCUGUGAAGAAGAGGGUCUUCACCUUGGUGCCAUGCUGGUGAGGUACGGGUAUAUUUACCCUCUCAAGGAGCCGAGAUCUCUUGUGUUACAAGCUGAUGAGUCACCUUACCGUUUCCAGACCCCUUACUUCUGGACUAGUACUCGAUGGCCUGCCUCAGAACUGGACUAUGCUAUCUAUUUGGCUAAAAAGAACAUAAGAAAACAAGGAGAACUGAUGGAAUAUGAAAAGGAGAGAUACAAUGUUUUGCACAAGAGGAUCAACCACACCUGGGACUUUGUGGUGAUGCAAGCCAGAGAGCAACUGAGAGCAUCCAAACAGAGGAGGAAGGCUGACCGCAUUGUUCUAGAAUGUCAGGAGCAGGCUUACUGGCUCGUCAACAGACCUCCGAACUAGAACAGUGACCACUACAAAGGAGAGAUUGAAACCUGUAGAAGAGCUCUUGGAAGAAACCGUGUAAAGUCAUCCAUCUGUCUAGAAGGUUUUGUAAAAUACAGUGAGCAGUACCAGAUGCACGAUCCCAUCAUGCAAGGCUGCCUUCCCAGUAACCCCUGGAUCUCUGAUGACACUGCACACUGGACAAUGAAUGCAGAAAUAGUACCUGCACCGACACGUCUUCGUGUGGAACGUUGGAGCUUCAGCUUCAUGGAGCUUCUCAGUGAUGUCAUGGGGAGGCGGGAGUUUAUGACCUACCUGGAGAAAGAGUUUAGUGAGGAGAACCUGCGUUUCUGGGAGGCCUGUGAGGAUAUUAGACAUGGAGAAAGUUCCAAGAUUACAGAGAAAGUGGAAGAGGUCUACAAAAACUUCCUGGCACCUGGAGCUGCUCACUGGGUCAACAUUGACAGCAAGACCAUGGAUAAAACUUUAGAGGGGAUCAAACACCCACAUCGCUUUGUCAUGGAUGAUGCACAAAUGCACAUUUACUUCCUUAUGAAAAAGGACUCAUACCCAAGAUAUAUAAAGUCUGACCUGUACAAGAACAUGCUGGCCAAAGCUAUUGUCCCCCAGGAAACCAAGAAAAGUGUGUUCCCCUUUAUGAGAUGGCAGCGGUAAUCUAGCCCCUCCCCUGCUCAGGCCGUCACCCAGGCAACAAAAGAAGAUAGACGUGUCAAGCAGGCAGGGCAAACAGGUACCAACACUGCAGGCGGUUCCCAUGUCUGAUGCUGGAAGUCAAACUGUCUGAGUGAAAGCCAGAGCUUUUCUUUCACUGCUGUAACAUUACCAGAGCUAGGAUUUAAAUGUAGAGCUUUGUCUCAGAGCACACGUGUUAAUGCAUGCCUUAGUAGCAGCACAUUUUACUCCCAGAGCAUGAACUCUUACUGCUGCAUAUCCAUCCUGCUUCUACAUCUAAUCUCGGUCCAAACAAUGUGCCCUGUUGUUUUUGAUACUGAUUCCUAAUAGGCCGCUACCCUCAGUCCAUGAGACAGCUUUCAUACAGGGAAUACUCUGUCUCUUAUAAACAGGUUUAGGUAAAGAGGUUGCUGAUAGAGAACAUAUAUAUGCAAUUAAUUCAGAAAUUUAUCUCAGCAUGUGUAUGAUAAUUGUAGAGUUUGCUUGUUAGGGUCAUUCCAUGCUGGAGCUUCACAUUGUGAUUGUUGUUGCCAUUCUGCAUGAGCAUUUUUUCAUCCCAAUAAAAUGUCACAGCAGCACUUCGUGUUGUGUUGUGU